UUGUAAACAUGGCAUCGUAACUACGGUGCGGAAAGUAGAGACUCGGCCAAAUGACUUGCUGCAUGUUUAUGUAGAAGCAUGGACUAUUGCUAACUGUCUUUUAAACGGAAUGCUAUGUUUUCCUAUCACUGCUUUGUAGAAAAAGUUAAUCUGGUACCUGACUCAAGCCUUCGUAUUCAUUCCCAUCUAACCUGGAACUAGUCUAGUCUAGGGAAUAGAUAGAACUAAUCCAGAUUCUAGACUUAGUCUAUUGUUGAGUUGAGAUCUGAUCUUAUUCUUCCUGCCAUGACGAUGAUAAUCUUGUGGUCUGCCAUUCGUCAACUUGUCAAAACAGUGUUGGUACUCCUUUCGUUAGAUCUUCUACUGAUUUUCCAUCAUUCACCAUCGCACAUUGGAGUGGAAGCGCAUGGUGGCGGUGAAGAGACAGUGCCACCUUUGCUUCUGAUCUCAUUCGAUGGAUUUAAAUGGGAUUAUAUUGAACGUGCUAAUGCAAAUUUAAAGAGUUUUGAGCGGUUCAAAUCGGAAGGGGUUUAUGCCAGAAAUGGUUUGAAAAAUGUAUUUGUAACAAGCACUUUACCUAAUCAUUGGACCCUCGUUACUGGUCUGUUUCCUGAAAACCAUGGUAUACUUAAUAAUCAUUUUAAGGACCCGAAAAUUGAAAAGAAAUUCGUCCCCAAGUAUAAAGAUCCGUACUACAGAAAUGAUCCAGCUUACUAUGAUGACGGUGGGGAACCAAUUUGGGUUACUAAUGAGCUUCAGUCCAAGCAUGGUCGAAGUGGGACUGUCAUGUGGUUUGGUGCAGAAAAUCCUGUCAAGUCAUACAGACCAUCGCUGCACAUGCCAUAUGAUGAUAAAGUAUCUUUUGAAAAGAGAAUUGACACUAUCGUUGAUUGGUUUACUUUACCACACCACCCAAUCAACCUGGGUCUAGUUUACUUUCAAGAGCCAGAUAGUACAGCUCACAAAGCUGGACCUGAAUCUGAAAAUGUGACAAGAAUGAUCUCCCGAAUUAAUGAUAUCAUCGAUCACUUGUUUACUCGACUUGAGGAGAAAGAUAUUCUCGAUGAUAUAAACAUUAUUAUAACAAGUGAUCAUGGUUUCACUAAUGUUUCUCGUCAAAAGCUGAUAGAACUGGACGCAAUCGUUGAACCAACGCUGUAUGAACUGGUCACUGAAUCACCUGUAGCAUCAAUAUACCCACAUGAAGGACAAUUUGAUAACGUGUUUGAGAAAUUGAACGACGCAGCCACCCGCCCUGACAGUCAUUUCACCGUUUACAAGAAAGAUACCAUUCCAGAGAGAUACCAUUACAAGCACAAUGCAAGGGUCCCUCCCAUCGUUGCUGUAGCUGAUCUGCAUUAUUCCUUUAUUGCAAACAAGACAGCUGAUGAAUUCAUUAUUAAGGGCGACCAUGGGUACGACAAUGAAUUCCAGGAAAUGCAUCCAUUCUUCAUGGCUAUGGGCCCAUCCUUCAAAGCUGGUGUCUCUGUGGAAACAUUCCCCAUCGUUGAUGUGUACCCUUUGUUGUGCCACCUGCUCCAUCUUCAUCCUGCUUCCAAUAAUGGCAGCCUCAGUACAGUUGCACAGUUCUUACAUGACGAACAUGAAAAUUCCAUGUGGACGUUUGGCACAUACAUCCUGGUGCUAAUUGUAAUAGCCAGUGUUGGUGGAGUCUUCAGUGUCGCUGCGUGCCGCCAGCAUCGCUAUCUAAAACGCAAGAUUUCUCAGCUCCGCCUUUCUCCAUUGCAGACAACGAUAAAAUACUCUAUCCCUCCCAAGGGAGAUGCUAAGACCAGGCUGCUUUCAGAUGAUGAUGAUGAUGAUUUUGAUGAUGCAAAUGACGAUGAGGAUGAUCAUAUCUUAGAGAUUGUUAGCAAAAGGUGAUAAUUUUAGUAGUGGAUGCUUUCAGCAAGAUGCCUGGCGUGAAAUAUCAUCAGCUUUUUAGAUUUAUUUUUAUAUUUACAAGAGUUUUUCAGAUUGCUAUUUGCUGUAUUCAUUAUUCAUGAUUUUGAUAUUUGCAAGAACAUAUUUUUUUUCUCUCCUACGUAUACAGUUUAAAUUACAGUUGAAAUUGUCUAAGAUGGGACCCAUUGUUUUGGAGAAAAGUGGCUGUUUUAGACAGUUACAGUCUUAGGCAGGACUGAUCAAAACGAAGAAAACAAAAAAUCUCCAUCUGGAGGUGGUCACAGGCUUAGGACUGCUGUAAGGCCCACUAAAAUGUCACUGACAGGUCAACUUGGGUAAAAGAUGGGAGGAACCUGAAACCUUGCCUUUUCAGUGCACUGGUCUGUGAUUGGUUGAUUCAUAGGAGAGACAGACUAUAAUGACAAAUGACUGGAUUAUGAGGGCUCUUCAAUAGCUCCAGGGGUGGAAUACAGUUUAGGGCAAUGAGUCUAGGGAUGAGAAAAUUUGUGUGGCCAUCUUGGAUAGUUUUUUUUUUUUUACUGUUGUUUGAUGAGAUAUAGUGUGUAUGGCUGUAUUGGGCAGGUUGUCGUUUUAGGCUGUAUAACGAUAAAGAAAAAAA